UUUCUCCGGACAUGGCUCUAGCUCCUUUUCUCUUUUGCCUGGCAGCGCAGAGGGUAGUUGUGCUAUGCAAGCGAACGUCAUAAUCAGAAUUUUGGACUCCGUCAUUUCCGGUGGAGACAUCUUGAGGUGUCGCAUCGCGAGACGGCGAGGCUGUGGGUGACGUCAACCGUCGUUUCUGAGUACUUUCUCCGGUUUCAGAGAGGACUUAAUGUGAAAAUGCCUCAGGAAGACUCAUCAUCAUCUGCAGCUGCUGCUGCCUCUCAGAAACAAGAACAACUUAAAAACGGAAAGUUGCUGGUUUUCUCUGUGGCUGCAGACCAUCACAACAAUGACUUGACUAAAGCCCCAACAACUCUGUCUAGUUUUGCCAGUAACAUGCUUGGCACUGGCUCUGUCAAGAAGUUGGCAAUCAAAAACUUUAAAGAUAAACCCCUGCCACUGGAAAACUACACUGAAGAAACAUGGAAAAAGUUAAAAGAAGCUGUACAGGCUAUCCAGAAUAGUAUCUCUGUUAAAUACAGCUUGGAAGAACUCUAUCAGAGUGUUGAAAACCUUUGCUCCUACAAUUUAUCUGCAAACUUGUAUAAACAGUUGAAGCAGCUUUGUGAACAGCACCUCAAAGCACAAAUUCAUCAAUUCAGAGAGUAUCCUUUUUUUUCCUCUUUGAGUUGUUUCCUGUCUUUUGUCAAAUUUUCCAUGUCAGUAUCUAUCGAGUGGAAUAAUUGACUUGGUAUAUGGGAUUAAUGUUAUUUUUGUUCUCUUUGUGUUCUGUUUAAGACAGACAUCCUUGGACCUAAGGUUAUCAUUAAGCAGUUUUAAAUACUGUCUUUUAGAAGUCAUAUCUUCCGUUUGCAGAAUGUGUGUUAAUGUUAGAAUAUAAAGUUUUUCUUAACAUUACCUCAUGGAUUCUGUGGAUAAUGGCCCUUUUCUAAAGAAAAUGGAUAUAUGCUGGCAAAAUCAUAGCAGACAAAUGGUAGAGUAUAGAAAUUAUAUUUUUAGUUCAGAGAAUUAUCAUGGAAUAUGUUAAAUGGUUCUGUAAAUGAAAAACUUCAAACUGUAGUUAGCCCAUACUUUAUUUAAAAGCUUCUGGAAGUACUUUUAUGGUAGACCAAAAUUUUCAGUUCUUUAACGUUUUAAUUUUAAUUUAUUUAUUCGCUGACAAUUAGGUGUUUUUUUCCAAACAGAUAAUUAUACUUUAGAUGUAAUUGAGUUUAACGUUAA